AUGGCUACAAUCGUCAAACAAAAAUCAAUAACUAUUAAAUGUUCAAAUUCAUCGAAAAAUAUUGAACAUAUAUCUUGUAUAGCACUUGAAUCAUGUACAAAGCAAACACCAAUUAGAAUGAUUUGGAUCUACUCGAAUACUGAAAAUCUAUCAAAAGAAGAUUUCAUGCCAUCGGAACAUUUACAAACGACUCUAUCGGAUACACUCAACUAUUUUCCUAUACUAGCGGGUCGUGCAACAGAAGAUGCGAAAAGCAAUGUGACGAUGCAUUUAACAAAUGAAGGUGUCCUCUAUACUGAAGCAGAAUGCAUAAGUCAUACAUUAGAUUAUUUCAUACCACGAACACUUCCCGUUGAAGAAUUCGAUUAUGAACAUAUCAACAAAAGUGAUUUAUCUGUACGAGUAAAAACAGAUUUGACAGGAGCUUGCAUGUCAAUACAAGUGACGCGUUUAAAGUGUCAGAGUGUUAUUUUAAGUAUAUCAGCUCUUCAUUGUUUAAUGGAUGCAACAAGUAGUUCGCAUUUUAUGAACGCUUGGGCUUCCGGUAAGCGACCUGAAAAAAUGCCAAUGUUUGACAAAUCGUUCGUCUUAUAUUCCACUGAAGAAGACCGACAGCAAAUUAGUUCUCUGUCUCGACCAAAGUACUGUGUUUUUAAUCGAAACAUAGUACAACCGGUUGAGCUACCAUUCAGUCAUGCACCACAACAACAACAACAACAACAACGUGUGAUAAGCCAAGUUUAUUUUUUCUCUGCUGAAGAAUUAAAAAACAUUAAAAACGAAGCCUCAAAGCACCUAUUCAAAUCCGUCGAUUUCAUCAGUACCUAUGAUGCACUUUAUGCUCACAUGAUUUUAGUAAUUGCUGCCGCUACUCAAACGUCGUUAACCGAUAAUAUCAAGAUUCUUCAAGCGUUGAAUGGGCGACCGCGUUUCGUUUCAAGUUGUUCACCAACUGUCCGCAACUAUUUCGGUGCAUUCCCAUUCUGGCUCUAUGGUGUAAUACCAUCUGAUCGAGAGCCAACACUGUCGUCAUUAGCACAACAGAUUCAUGAAAUGCAUUCAAAACAAACAGAACAUUCAUUGAGAGACUACAAUGCUUAUUUAAUGANACUGCAUAUAGCCUGA